UACUCUCUUUGUGCUAAACCAUCUUAAUGUCAACAAUGAGGGCACAACAGCCUUCGAGAGGCAUUACUUAAAAGAAAGUAAACCAGUCACUCUGGUUAAAUGGAAAGACUUAUUAACAGGACAAUGGAAGGGACCAGAUGUAUUGUUAACCUCGGGUCGAGGAUAUGCUUGUGUUUUUCCCUAGGAUUCGGCCACUCCAAUUUGGAUACCGGACAGACUAAUCAGACAUCAUGAAUCUCCCGUCGCCAACAAAACCCACCAUACCCAGGAAACGGUUUCGACCACGGAAAACCCGGCCGCCACCACACCCGACGAGUCAUCAGAUAUCUGAAGUUCAACUUUCUUCUCUUUUUGCUUCCCUGAAUCUGACUCAAUUCCGUCUUGCGGCUUCUACAAGAAAAAGGAACUUACCAACUUGGGGUGAUAUAAAAGCUCUUACCACUUCUGCUUUAGCCUUGGUGGAGGGAGAACGCAAACCUGUUACUCCUGAAACUGUGUUUAUUGCUAUUCUUGCUCUCCUCACAGUCCAGUGCUCUCCCGAAGACUCUUCACAUCUGUGAAAACCCUCCAACAAGAAAUUAUUCGUUUUAAACUACAAAAUAAAAAAGGGGGAAAUGGCGCAGGCCAUACAGGAGAGGGACGGCCCGGACCCUGAUCGCAUAAGGCUGCUCUCGAGCAAGGCUCAGAGCCCUCUGGAUGUUGGCAAGGCCACUUUCAAGGCCUGUGCAGCAGGUGGCGCUGGUGGGCUCUUCUGUAUCGCUGGAAUAAUCUAUGCUAUUUUGCUUUGCAUUUGGCUGAUCAUAUAUAUGCAGAUAACUAUUAGAGGGGAUUCACGGUGAGGUCUGGGGAGUGUUACUCAUUCGGUAAUGGUACUGCCCACCCCCACUCCAGAUCUUGGAAAAUGGGGCAAUACCCAUGAGCUGGAAAGAUAGAAGAGAGAUCUUACCACAUUACCCU